UGCGUACAUUCGAACACUAUCUGAAGACAUCAGGGCAAAUGAAUAUAGCACGCCUAGUGCGAAGCCAGAUUAUCGGAAGAUUUACAGACUUGCUACCAACCGGAAGCAUUUGUCCAGAAAAACACUGACCUCCGAUGGACUGAGAGCAGUCUCGCUGGCUAGGAUGCUCGUGCGUGAACAUGGACUUCCGACCAGCUUUGUGAAACUGUUUGCCGAGCUGACUGUGCGCCAUUUGCACAUCCUCCGUGUCAACGCUCUGGUCCUGCAUUGCUCCGUGGACGAACCAUCGAAGGACGAGUACAGCUCGAGUUCGGUGCCAUACGCGCUAGUUCUGGUUACGACGGGCAGCAUGUUCAAUCAUUCGUGUGACGCGAACGUGGAGUAUUGUCUUUCGCCGGACGGUGCAAUUAUGUUUGUAGCUAAACGUUGCAUUCCGAGAGGUACACAGAUGCACAUCAACUAUCGUAUCGAUCCCACGGAUACCAGAUAUGCCUUUGAAUGCUACUGCGAGAAGUGUACAACGAAACGUAUACUCGAUUAACCAUCAACACUCACGGAAGUUCGGGAAAGAUUGUAAAGUGUUCGAUCACCUAUCAUCUAUUUCG